CAAACAAAGACUAGCAAAGGAGGGAGGGAGUUAUGAAAUCAACAACAAAAUGCAACUCGUUUACUUCGGCAUUCAGUGAACAUUUCACAUUUUGUAGCUAAAAUUUGAAAUUAGCAACAUUUUAAAAAUAGCAGAUAAAUAGAUGACGGUGGAAACGAAGCAUCAAUCUGGAUCCAAUCCGAUGGAACAAUUUGUUCUUCUCGCCAAGGGAGCCAAGGGGUUAGCAGCUGCAGAGUUGGUAAAACAAGCAUUGGAAGCUCCGGCUGUAUACGUUUUUAGUGAGCUAAUGGACAUUCCCAAUAUAAAGGAGUUGCAAACCAGUGAUUUCAGAAACUGUUGGGACCUGCUCAAUAUUUUUGCGUAUGGUACUUUCAAAGACUACGUGAACGAGAAGGUGACAAAGAAUUUACCUGAACUUAGUGCUACCCAAGCAAAAAAGCUCAAAUAUCUGACCAUCGUGACUUUGUCGGAAAAGGAUAAAUGUAUUCCGUACAAAGUUCUUCAGGAAGAGUUGAGCAUUGAGGAUAUCAGAGAGUUGGAGGAUCUCAUCAUCGAAGCAAUCUAUGCAGAAAUAAUCCAGGGAAAACUGGACCAACGUAGUGCACUAUUGGAAGUUGAUAAUACUAUUGGAAGAGAUAUUCGCCAAGAAGAUGUUCCCACCAUAAUAAGUACUUUGGAGGCCUGGUGCGAUGCCUGUGACAAUGUUUUGGGGUCUCUGCAGACCCAAAUGGAUCGUGCCAGCUCAGAAAGAGUUAAUCGAAUGCAUAGAAAGGAACAACUUGAACAAGACAUCGCUAAUUUGAAGAAAACGGUAAAAGUCAAUCCAGUGGAUGCUGAUGAUAUAAUCGCAGACUCGCGUGAAGGUCUUAACAGCGAAAGGACUCCUGCAAAGAAAACUAUCAAAAAAGGACUUCGUGGGUCUAAGUUAUUUAAAUGAAAAUUAAUUCUCCCGUUGUAUUUUUUACUUUGGCUAAUACGAUAUCCAUACAGUGUAUUAUAGACAAUGCUGAUUCACUGAUUUGUUAGUAACUUGAAUUUAAUUGUAUCAAGUAUAAAUCGAUUCCUGGAACCUUCAACGUUAUUUAGGUUUGUAUAAACUAUAUUAAAUAAAUAUCGAUACAUAAAUUAGAUAAGGUGAAAGACAUCAAAUAAAAUACAUGAUUGAAUUUUGAAGAA